CCCCCGCCCGCUUGCACUGCAAUAGUUACGAUCACUACGACGAGCUAAAAUGCCGGGAUCCUGCACCCCGCUAUCACACACGCGACCUGGAAGCAUGGCCCUGCGCACCUGCGUCUCUCAAGAGAGCGCUCGUCAUCGCCACGCAGUAGAACAGACCGCCACACACCACAGGUACAUUCUCAACAACAUCGACCGCCAUCACCCAUCAACCGGUCCGCACCGUACUGUCCCUAGGAAGGGUUCUCAGCAGAAUAUGCACAGAGGAGGUCAUCAGCAUCAACAAGCGGUCGUUACAAAGGCCUACGGGAGGUUGAUCUAGCCUGUCAAUAUCAGAGAGCUAACAUGUGUCGCCCAGAUCAUAAUUGCGCC